AUGUCAGCUGCGCUCUGUGACGAUCGGGCUAGUGCCUCUCACCAGGGCAGCUUCCAGGCGCAGAGCUCAGCGCUCCCGCUUCGUCCGCGGAAUACUUUAGGAGAGACCGAUAAAGAGGAGUUGGACAAAUCGAGCAGUCUCAUGAAGAGCGAAGAAGAUUGGACAAAGACUUCAGAUCUGGCAGAGCGCCAAAGAAUACAAAACCGAAUAGCUCAAAGGAACUACAGAAAGAAGCUGAAGAGAAGGCUUGAGGAUCUGGAAAGGAGAGCAUGUGAUGAGGGACGACCUACUCCGGCAGAGACACCUUCAUCCAGCAAGUAUGAGAACGAGUUCUUGUCACGCUUUAGUCUAUUCUCAGACGUAGCAUACAUGUACCCAUCUCCUUCCGAAACACCCAAAUCUUGCAACAUCCCCUUACUGCGACAUGCCGAUCAGGAGCUUUCCUUUUCACCGAUCGCCGAUGAAAGUGAAGACAAGAGCUCAUCGCCUUCUGAAACCUCAGAAGUAACGCCUAUCUAUGCUUUGCCGUCAGACCAUCGGUUUCGGUCGAUCGAAAAGCUGGUAGUAGAAGACUGUCUUAGCAGCUUCUUCGAAUGGAAAACCUGUCCCCAGAAAUCGAACAAGCGAGCAGCAAACCCUCCGGCAACCCAAACUCAGCAGUCAAGCAAGAGAUCUAGGAAAUACGAGAAGUCGAACGACGAGAACGAUAAUGAGGGUAAUGGAGGAAAUGAGGCGGGUGAAGAUUCUAACGCAAAUAUUGUGAGCGGCUCGACAAUGAAUCCGUCCAACAAGAGCAGAAGCAUCAUUCUUGCUUGCCCCUUCUACAAGGAGGAUCCUUUGAAGCAUCUUCAGUGCCUCAGAAUCGAACUCAAAAGGAUCAAAGACGUCAAACAGCACCUCAAUCGAAAACAUCGCCAACCGUCGUAUUACUGUCCAACAUGCUGGAUAACCUUCGACAAGCCAACGGACCGAGACAUCCACAUUUCACAACGCGGUUGCUUUCUACAAGAUCAGGUCAACUAUGAGGGGAUAUCUGAAGAUCAAAGUCGACAGCUCACUCGGAAGGUAGACAGACGAUUAUCUGAGGAACAGCAAUGGUUCAGUGUGUGGGAUAUUGUGUUCCCUGAUGUUCCACGUCCAGAGUCAGCAUACUUGGGAAACCAGAUCGAGGAGUCUAUGGUCAUGAUCCACGACUUCUGGGAUGCGAACGGAAAGGCUCUGGUCUCCGAUGCUCUGUGGGAGCGAGGGCUCAUACCAGAGCCAAACGUUUCAGACGAUGAAGGGGAGCUUGAGAGCUUCCUGGCCGAGACAUUGGAAUCUGUUGUGGAAGAGCUGCUGGCGUCUUGCCGGGUGCAGAUCGCGGCGAGUCUAUCUCGGUCGAACCGUGAUCGUUACGAGGCGUCAUCAGCUCCAGAGAGAACCCCAACUUCAGAAUCAGGUGCCAAAACUCAAAGCUAUGACACGAGUGAGCAGGAUCAACAAACAGCCGAUCUUGCCCAUGUAGGCGAAAGUGCCUUGGCAUAUGGAAUGCCUGUGGCACAAGAGUCUGUUGAUGAAAACAACUUUCUCACUGGCCUUGAGAUGGUUGGGCCAUUAGCAGGCCAUGACACUCAAUCCUUCCUCGAGGGGUCACAAUUCAGCAUGUCGCGCAGCUGGUCGACGAGGGAAGAGAGCAUUGCAGAGUUUGAUGACCAGAGUUGGGAACUAUUAGCCGAUGUGACCGACUUCUUACAAGCUGAGAGACCAUAG